CAAGUAUAGAUCCUUCAAAAUCAACUCCAGUUAUUUUUAUGCUUUCAUGUAAUAAUCAGACGUGUUUGUUGUGUGUAAAGUUUUGAAAACAUGUUUGUUAAAAUAUGAUUUAAAGACAGUGAAACAGCUGACAGGAUAAAAGGUCACUGAGAUAAACUUUAAUGUUGAGCUUUAAAACCACUAUAAACAGAAUAACAUCAUGAAAAAUCAGCACAUAUACUUUUAAUUUAAAAUUCAUUUAGAUGAAAUACUAAUGCAGGACUUCAGUUUCUGUACUUUUACUGCAGUUUAGAUCUUCACUCUUCCUCCACGGCUGAAAAGAGUCUGCAGAUGACUGACAGCAGCAGGUGUGUGUGUGUGUGUGUGAAUGUGUGUGUGUGUGUGUGUGUGUGUGUGUGUUGGUCAAAGGUGAGACCUAGUUGUCUGUCAUUGCUCGUCCUCAAAUAGACCCUCUCCCUCUCUCUCUCUGUAAACACUUCAUCUCGAUUGCCCCUCUCUCUAGCAGUGUCAGCUUCUCGGGGUCUUCAUUAAUCAGCCGAUCGAUAUCUGAUCGGGUCGCCUCAGCCGUCAUGUUUACAAGGAAAUAAAGACGACUCGGCAGGACGUCUGAAAUGUUUCUGCAGUUAAAGGACUCGUUUUAUGAGGUGAGAGAUUUAUGGAUGUGUGUUUAAGAGUGUGUGUGUUUGUGUAAGAGUGUGUGUGUUUGUGUAAGAGUGUGUGUGUGUGCUCUUAAAUCAGCUGCUGUGUGUGACAGAGUGCUAAUUAUCAAAUCAACUUUUGCAGAGUUCAUUACAAACUUUAAGCUCAUUCUUUCUGCACAGUUUUCUGCUUUACUUUGUGCGUUCUAAGAGUUCCUUUCAAAAUAAAAGCCUUAAAUGAAUAAGCAGUUAAAGGUCAGAUAUGUAACCUAAGAGGAGUUUAGAUCCAAAACAGACUCGACUGACAUGUGUGAAGUUACGAAAGUUAAAUAAGACUUUUAAAUGUGGGUUAUGCAUAAAAACUUGAUGUGUUCCCUAAAAUAAGAGUUUACUCUGAGAAUAAAGACUCUGCUUUCAACCUGCAGGAUUCACCAGAACCUGGAGAGAACCGAGACCUGGUCCAAGAGUUACAUUUAUGAACAUCAACUCUGGAACAACACCUGAUCACUAGAGGACAACAGCUGGAUUUUGGAGUCACAUCUGGAUGACUCGAACUCUGGAGUUACAUUCGAGCUCUAGAGAGUAGAUUCGCACCUGUACACUUGAGGCACAGAAUUUGACCUGUACCAGCAGGAGCCUCUAAAAGCACCUGGAUGCUUAAGUUACUCCUGAACAACCCUGAGACUCAAGGGUCGUGUCAGACAUGAGUUACCUAGAGUUACAGCUGAACAACAUAAAGAAGCUGUAACUGAACACUCAAAACUCCUGAGCACCCCUCCACCAGGUGAAGCCUGAGAAACACCUGAACACAAGAUUAACACCUCAACAACCCCCGGACUAGAAGUCACCAUCGGACAACUCUCUGACACCGGGGUCAAAUACCAAGAACGACCUCUGGACACUAGAGUACCACCUCAACAACAUCUAGACAUCUGGGUUAGACUUCAACAGUACCUGAGAAACACCUGCACAUUAACUCAACAUCACCUGAUUAACAUCUGAACAUCCAAGUAGACAAUAACACACCUGGACAAGGGGUUCACCACUGCAACACCUGGACACUACAAGUUACAACUGAAGACCUCCAGAGAAACACCAAGACAAGAGGUACUCCUGGACACAAGAUGAGGGGUCCGCUCUAAUACACCUGAGCAACACCUUUAAACUGAGGUGACACUGGAACAACACCUGAACAUUGUAUUGACUCUUCAACAACAGCUCAAAAACACCUGGACACAGAUGUAACACUAAAGGAACACCUGGAAAAUCGAGCUGCAUCUGGUUCAAACCUAAACGACACCUGAAACACCUGGACGAGGACAUAACUCCAGAGAGACACCAAGAAACAAGUGUUACACCUGGACUCACGGACCUGGAACAUACCUGAACAUUAGAGUGACUCUUGGGAACUAAAACACUGAGAACCAGGACUUACACCUGGACUCAAGUGAGACCUGGACAACGUCUUGAUCUCAGAGUCACACCUCCUCCUACCUGAACAGGUUCAAUUAAGAGAGGAGGAGUGAACUGAAGGAGGCCAGAGUGAGGAGCAGGAGAAGAUGGGGGGAUCAGUAUGCAGAGAGGAGGAGAAGGAGGAGAAGAGGAGGAGUGAAGGGAGGGAGGAGAGUCUGACGUCAGCCGACAGAAUCCGUCGAGUCGUCGUCAAACAGUUCGGAUAUAACGUCCUGAGUCUGGCUCGCCGCGGACUGAAGGUGAGACUCAGACAGGAACAAACGAUCGCCGACAUAUCAAACUCUUGAUAAAGUCACACUUAGCACAUCAUGUCCUAAAAGUGUCCCUCUUUUUGUGGUCCCCUCAGGAGGCCCCAGAUGAAUUAUGGGAACUGUUGGAGUUGGAGAAGCUGAACCUGUCUCUGAACAGUCUGAAGGUUCUUCCUCCUCAACUCGCUCUGCUGUCCAACCUGGUGGUCCUCAACCUGUGGGGCAACCAGGUAACACACGACACCACCUCCUAUUCAAGGAGCUGCUAAUGUUCAUAAGUGAGGGGGAGUGCAGUUAAAUGUUAACCCCAUUAAUGUGACCCUGGAGAAGACAUGAGACCCCCCCUCGUCCCAACAGCUGCUGCAGAAAUAAAAGUUCUAAUCAGCCUCUAAUCCAGCAGGAUCCAGUUUCUGUCCUCUAUUAACCUUCCUCCUCCUCCUCCUCCUCCUCCUCCUCCUCCUCUUCUUCUUCUUCUUCUUCCUUCAACCUUCACUUCAUCUGCUCUGAGAAGAACUCAGACACUUUAAAGAUGAGGCAGCGCCCCCUACAGACAGCUGACUACAUAAUCAUGUUCAGUCUCAGAGAAAUGAUGUCAAUUCAUAAUAGAAAGAGCUGAAAAUACUCUGAUCUAUUACAUUUAAAGAAAAGUACAUCCUCAGAGAGAGUCUGUGUUUUUGUACUUCGAAGUUUUCUCCAUAUGAAAACUUGAUGUUGUGUUUCUCAGCUCAGCUGUCUGCCGGCAGAGAUCGGUCAGCUGAGGAGACUUCGGGUUUUAUUCGCCUACAGAAACAGACUGACUGAAGUUCCUGAGGAGCUGGGAGCCUGCACACAACUGGAGGUACUUCAAGUACUUAUAUAAUACUACAACUACUGCAACAAUUACUUUACUGCUGCAGAAAACAUCUCCAUACUGUUGAAAAUACUACGACACAUAGAAAUACUUUUCUUCUACUCUAAAAAUAACUCCUCAGCCUCAGAGGACAUUUCUCGUACAACUGAAAAUACUGCAAAUACUUGUAUUAGUGAUAAAGUUCUUCUACUACUGCAGGGAAUAUUCAAAUACUGCUUAAAUGUACUUUUACUACUGCAGAAAGUACUUAAAUCUCUGCACUGAUAAGAGUCUGUUUGACACCAGCCGGCAGAGGAGAGGUGAACCUAUCAGAGCAGAGUAAGAGGUCCGAAGGUGGAUCCCUGUGGGACUCCAGUGACAGAUCUGGGAUCUACCUGGUCCUGCUGGAGUAGAUCAGGUCUUCAGUUCCUGUCCUCCUGGUCUCACAGUGUUUCUGUGUCUCAGGUGUUGAGUCUGGCCAAUAACCAGCUGACCUCGCUGCCCGCCUCCCUCUCCAACCUGACCCGACUCAGGAAGCUCAACCUCAGUCACAACCAGAUCGCUCACCUCCCGGGCUGCGUCUACAACAUGAAGGCUCUGGUACGUUCAGGACCGUAUCAUACCGACCCUGACUGAACGUGAACCUCAGGAGCCACAGUUUUCACCUCCUCUCUACCUGCAGGUGUUCCUUCACCUGGCCUGUAACCAUCUGGAGAACCUGGCGGAGAACAUCCAGUCCCUGGUGGAGCUCAAGAUCCUCAUCGUGGAGGGGAACAGCCUCCACUCUCUGCCCAAAGCCCUCUGCUGCCUCACCAGGUAACGUCUCACCUGAGAUGAUGCAGCUGUCUGUCUCAGCAGAAUCAAACUGGACUGUUUUAGUUUGACCCAAAAUAACACGAUUCAUUAUUUUUAACUUUGAUCACAGAAAAUUUCACUGAAUUUCACAGGUGUUAAUGUGAUAAAGGUGUUAAUGUGAUCUGUGGUCUGUGCAGGUUGGAGUUGCUGAAUCUGGAUUUUAACGAUAUAAAAGACGUCCCUCAGGUAAUAAAAACUGAACCUGAAUCAAAGUCUGUCUACGAUCCUAAAUGAAGUCUCAGAAUCAGUUUCUUCAUAAUAAAAAAAUGUCUGAAAUAUAAAACGAUGAUGAUGAUGGAGGUGACAAUGAUCGUCACAGACAUGAUGAUAAUGUUUCCGAUGAUAGUGUUGUCAUGAAAUAGACAACACAAAGAUACAAUACUGUGAUGAUUGUGACAGUUAUGACAUUGAAAAGAGUAACAAUUCAAACUAAUAUUGGUUAUGAUGAUGAUGAUGAUGAUGAUGAUGAUGAUAAUGAAGAUGAUGAUGAUGAUGAUGAUAAUGAUGAAGCUGAUGAUGAUGAUGAUGAUGAUGAUGAUGAUGAAGAUGAUGAUAAUAAUGAUGAUGUUGAUGUUGAUGAUGAAGAUGAUAAUGAUGAUGAUGAUGAUAUUCAUGAUGAUAAUUAUGAUGAUGAUGAUGAUGAUGAUGAUGAUGAUGAUGAUGAUGAUACUGUUAUCAUGUUCAGGAGAUGCACCGGUUGUCCCACCUGAAGAGGCUGGCCUGCCAUCCUCUGGAUAAAGGUCUCCACAUCGUCCACAACCCACUCCUGAAACCUGUGAAGGAGGUCCUGGAGGGGGGGCUCACUGCCCUCUACAACUACCUGAGAGCCACCUAGAGGUGGGGGAGGGGCUUCCCACAGCUUGUUUUAUUUAGGGGAGGGGCUUUGUUCCACCUGAAGGCUGGGUAGAUAUUUGACUUGGACCUCUGGCAGAUGGACCUCUCAAGCACUUGAUCACCACUGAGACCUUUCAAACCUCCUGAGAUCCUGAGAGCUCAUUUUUGAGGAAGAACAGGUUUUCUUAUCAUAAAUUAAUAACUUUCUAUUAGACAUGUUUAGAUGGAGGGGUUGGACCUCAUGUCUCAGAGCCGAGGAGAAGAGGGUUGAACUUUUUAAUUUGAGAGAUUUUGAGGAGGACUCAGAUCGUUCUGUUAUUUUAUUAUAUAUUUUUAUCCAAGUGUCUUUUUGUUCAUAAUGAAACAAAGUCGACUUUAUUGUGUAUUUUUCAGUCUUUGUUAUUGUUUUGGUUUCUCUCUCAUUAAACAAUCAGCUGCUGUUAGCUGAUUGGUUAAUUUACCG